AUGAAGUUCAACACCCCCCUUCUCAACCUCCUCACCCUGACCGCCAUCCUCAUCCCCGAUGCCUCCGCCCACAAAGACAAGAAGAAAGCCGCCGCAGAACUCGAGAAAGACAUGACGGCUCACACCCUAGAAGCCAAGGCCGUGAACUACAUGGUCUUUGUCGAGCCUCUCUGGCACUUCAUGGACAUGUGGCAUAACCAUGAGGCCUCGUACGGUGUUACGGGUCUGGACUGGGUGACGGAUGCCUGCACAGGCGUUGAUGACAGGCCGUUUAAGUGGGACUCCCGCAAGAAAAUCGACAAGAACUUCAAGGAGGACAUGUACGAUCAAUGCAGGAAGGAAAAGCACAAACAUCUGUGCCGUAUUGGUGCGAAGAUUUAUUAUGCCGGUGUGAGGGUUAUGGGGAGGAGGGAUCUUGUUGAACCGGAGAAGACUAUGAUGCAUGCCACUGGAAUUGCCAAUGCUACCACCGAGGACACUGCUGCCAUCGCUGCCAUUACCGUCGACUCGGAUGCUGAGAUUAGUGCUGAGGAGAGGGCUCAGAAGGUGUUUGAGGCUUGGAUUGCGGAGCUGCGAGCGCAUCCCGAGGUGCUGAUGGAGAUGACAGAGAGGGAUUUGGAGAAUGUCGAGGUGGCGCUUGAUCAGGGGAUCAAGGAUAUUGAAAAGAGUGAUGAGGUGCAAGAAGAGAUGGCUGCUGUUGGUCUAUGA